CGAGCGCAGCGAGGGACCGUGAGCAGUUAUUCAAUGAGGAAUCGGACCUAACCGCCUUUAUGAUGCCGCAGCGGGGUCUCCAUUAUAGUGAAAUCAUUCCACAGUUUAACUGGUUUGCGGAUUUUGCUUCUUUGUGAUAUUAAGAGAGAUCUGGCAAGCUGGAGAAGCUGCGAUUCCAUCCCAUACUUUUAUUCUCACGAGAGGUUCCGCAAGAAGACAUUUGAAUUUUACAUACGAGAGGGGCUGCCUUGUAUUCCUUUUUUCUUAUAUCUAUUGCUUUUAACAUGACCGUCUUUUAAUUUCCUUCAUCUUCAUUGCAGUUUAAACUACAACUGAAGUUAUCGAAUCGUGAUCUACUGGAGCGUAAUGAUGCUGUUUUCUUAGAGCUCACAGAACGUCGUCACUCGUACAGUGAAUGCUGUUCAUGCCGACGGCUGCACAGACCGUGCGCUUCUGUGCUGGAACCGGUUACCGCAGUUAGGCUACGUGUUUUCAGAAAUGCGAUCGCCUUGUCUUUGAAUCAAGGAAGAGAGAAAGAGAAGACUUUCUGCAUCAACUAUUUCGUAUUUUCGUAUUCAGUUCACAUUAUUUUAUUUUAUUUUUCGUUCUAGCUUUUUGCCCCCUCUCUCUCUCGCUCUCUCUCUCUCACUCUCUCUUUUUCUCUCUCUGUCGCGCACACACACACAUAAUUUCAAAACAUUAUUGAACAGGUCUGCUGUUAACAAGAGAAAAACACAAUAUCUGAAUAUCCACCUGUUAACCGUUGUUUUCCUGGCUGCGCAUCAGAAGCUGCUCUAAAACAUCUGCGCCUCUUUUUCAUUUGUGCUGUCGGAGCUUCCGAGGAAUUAUGCAUUGCAUCUUUUGCUGGAACAUGACUGUUUUUAUUUUUAGCAUGCCUCGGACGAUUUUAAGCGUGCAUUCACUUGUGAAGUCGACACCUUUGCGUUUCACAGCAUUGCCUUAAUUGCAAGGUGUGUAUGGGAAGAUGCUUCUAAACGUAUUUUGGUGAGGACUGCUUUUUACCGGAGACAAAAUGCACCGCUGUCGAGAUACGCCCAGGAUAGGGUCGAGCAUGAUACUCCACAACCGGAAUAUUUAGAAAAACUGGUGAUACAGUUUUCAUUGACAUUGCAAAGAGACAAUACUUGAGACAUAUGUACUGUCUAUGCAGUACUUUUGGCAAUUAAACACAACCGCAGCACAAACUGCAACAAUGACUUCAUUACGUAUUUAAAUACGACUGUGGAUGGUUUUAAUCUCAAAACUUAUAAAAAUCAGUGUCAGUGUAAACCCCCCGCGGACGGUGGGAGGGUAAAACAUUUUCUUCUGGAAGUUGGACCAUUAGCCAGCCGCCAAACUGGCGAUGGCCGCAGCGAUUGCCAGCUCCCUCAUUCGGCAAAAGAGGCAGGCGAGGGAGCGGGAGAAGUCGAAUGCCUGCCGCUGCGUUAGCAGUCCGAAUAAAGGGAAAGGGACAUGCGAGAAGCCCAGUCGGCUAAGCGUGUUCUCACGGGUGAAACUCUUCGGGUCCAAGAAGCGGAGACGGCGGCGACCAGAGCCCCAGCUGAAGGGGAUUGUGACGAAGCUGUACAGUCGGCAGGGCUUCCAUCUGCAACUCCAGGCAGAUGGAACCAUUGACGGAACAAAGGAGGAGGACAACGGCUACACCAUGUUCAAUCUCAUCCCCGUGGGGCUCCGGGUGGUGGCCAUCCAGGGCGUACAGACCAAGCUCUACCUGGCUAUGAACAACGAGGGCUACCUUUACACAUCAGAACACUUUACGCCGGAGUGCAAGUUCAAGGAGUCGGUGUUUGAGAACUACUACGUGACGUACUCCUCCAUGAUCUACCGGCAGCAGCAGUCGGGCAGGGGCUGGUACCUCGGUCUGAACAAAGAGGGCGAGAUCAUGAAGGGGAACCACGUGAAGAAGAACAAGCCGGCCGCCCACUUCCUCCCCAAACCACUGAAAGUCGCCAUGUACAGAGAGCCCUCGCUCCACGACCUGACGGAGUUCUCCCGGUCCGGCAGCGGCACGCCCACCAAGAGCCGGAGCGCGUCGGCCAUGCUGAACGGCGGCAAGGCGGUGAGCCAGCACGAGUCCACGUAGCCGGGCCGGCGGGAAGCUCGUUCCCCGGGCAGAUCCCCUCACGCUUACCUCCGGCCGCUCGCCACUCCAAGCAGACGACUUAAACCACUCCCCCCCCCCCUCCCCUUAACCAUCAUCAGCGGUUCAGGACAAAGACCAGAGCGACGCCACGCGCUUAGUUUACCAGUGCUAUUUUCAAAACAAAACCGCGAUGGCGCCUAGAAGUUUUUUUUUUUGUUUGUUUUUUUUAGCGUUCAAAUCAGCCGUAGGAAUAAUGAAGCCACUGAUCUUCUGUAGGCCUUUUCUCAUGAAAAAUAUCGAGUCAUUUCGCCGCCCCAUCGUUUAGUUUUUUGCUGCAGAUGACCGCUUUGCUGAGUCCUGGUGGCGGUGUAGAAAACGGGCGUUCGUGUUCCCGGACGUCAGGGCGGGUGGCGGGAGCGCCGCCGCUCGGUCGAGCUGUCGAGAAGCGACCCGUUCCCGCGCGUCGUCCGCGCUUCCUGCGAGCCGAGCGAAGGCUCCCUCGCGUCGCGGUCUGCGGGAGCCCCAGCCCGAGCCCGAGGCCGAGGGUGUGGCUGCCGUGCGUUACAGUGUUUAUGCACAGAGACAGAGCUCUUAGCAAGCCUCCGUCCAGCUUAUCUGGAGGGAGGGGAGGGUGUCGGGUUCUCACGCUGAAGCUGUGCCUCCAUUUUGCUGGCUACUUUUGCUGAAUUAGCCGGGAGCUAUUAUCCUCCUCCUUGUCUUCCCCCUUCUCGCUGUCUGUACUGUCCGGCCGUCCCUGAGUGUGAACAGGGAGCCGUCGCACCAAAGACAGGAGCGUACCUGUGUCCCCUAAAGCAGUUUAACAGCCAGUGUUGAGGUUUGGACAGAACUUUGGUUGGUUGCCGUUGUUGCCGUGUCUUCACGUUUUAAGGAGAUAGAGAGGAGGAGAGACGCACUGUUGGGCUUUGUGGUUCAGUAUUAAAGGAAGUGUUUCUAUUGGUAUGAUUCCCGCAGUAUAAGUUGACUGUCCAGUGUUUUCCCCCCAUUGUUUGAAUCUCGUCAGGUCGUCUCUGUCUCUGUCCUGUAUUCUGUUAUCGAUAGAGUGCUUGUGUCAAGCCCCGCCCCCUCUCUUUGUUAGAAGUUCAUUGGUCGACUCUGUUUGCCAUGCGGAUACGAUGAGGCUCCCAAACAGACCGCUAUUUUGCGUAUGAAUAGUGGCGAUCGUUUUCUAUGAAAAAAAAAAAAAUGUUGAUACUGUGGAAUUUUAGGUGGCUUUACAUUUUUUAUAGUUUGUCUUAUUUGUAAAGUGAAGAAUUCUGGAAGAAAAGGAGAAAGAUCCCUUUCCUUUCUUGUACAGGGCAUGUACAAUUAAAGUUCUAGUGCAAGAACCCUUUUUCGUGGGCAAAUUACUUUUAUUUUUUCCCUUGAUAUCUUCUUCAUACAUGCUACAGGGAGGCUCCUGAUUACGUUUAAGUUUUUAUUUCAUUUUAGGUGAACAUAUCUGUUGCAUGGGAGACAUCUGGGACUUCAGGAAUAGAGCUGCAUGAUGUAGGCUAUAUGUAUUAACCCAUGUUGGAUCAUGUGUUCCAAUGCAUACCAGGAUUAAAAAAACCGUAUGACGUACAAGCAGGCUUUCAGCCUGGUUACCUUCCAGUUGUUUAUUAUUUGUUGUAUACACAAAAAAUUGCACUGAAUAAAAUGUUUAUAUAAAGAUAUACUUUUAAA